AUUGUCUUGACAUUGAUCCUUUUAUUAUCAUUACUAUAUGUUGCCAUACCAGGUUUACCAGCAAAACCAAUGGUUAAUAAAUUCAAUUUAGCAUUAGCACCAAUAACAACAUUAAUUUGGGGGCUUGGUUCAAUGUGGGCACACGUUGCACAGCGUGCUGGUAAACAACUUGUUGAAGAGGCAAGUAUGAACAUAGUUAUGGCACAUAUUGGUAGGAAGGCAGGGGCAAUGACAUGGACACCAUUCACAUUUUUAUGUAUUGUUGCCAUAGGUGUAAUGAUGUUGCAUUUGAGAGAUUUGAGAAGACAAAUUCAAGAAGUUGAUCCAAAGGUUUAAAUAUGUUGUAAAAUCCAUGAUGUUAUAUGUUGUGCUGAGAUUGUAGGUAAAUUUGAAACUUUCAUUGGUGGAUAAUCUCCAGCGAUUGCGAAUCCAUGAGGUAUGGUUUUCUUUCUUGAUGACCCCAAUUGAAUGUAUUUGAAAUCUGGGUUCUUUUUGGCUUUUAGAUCAUGUUCAUAUUUUUGUAAGUCACUAG